AGGGAUGCAAAUUUUGUGGUGUAUGAUCAUUAUUGCACUUAUCACUAUUUGUGGAAACCUUGGUAAGCUUUUCUUGUCUUGGUAAGCAUGAGAUUACAUUGUAUAUCCACAGAGCACAUAUUUUUGUUUAAAUUGGGUUAAAAUUAUUUGCUUUGGUAUAUAAUUGGUGUUAAUCUAUGAUGAGGCCAAGUUAGAAUUUAUCUGGCAAUAAUAUCCCUAACCCAAAGUAGAAGGGGGAGAAUAUAGUAUCAAAAGCUAAGGAAUCACCUAAAAUUGGACCGACGUGGAGUUUGGUUAUUGGAAUUGCAUGAAACUUGUUCAUGUAUAAUAGUUUAUUGAAUUCAUAUUUGGCAAAGCAUUAGACAAAUCGAUAGACAUACAGUUGUAGGAAGUUAAAGCCGGAGUUUAAGACUUUGCCACAUACUACUCGCAGAACUGCAGUCUCAGGUACAAUUCUUUUUUUGAGGUGGGUAAUCAUCAAGUCUACAUCGAAGUAAAUUGUACUGAAUCGAUAUCUAGACUGAAUUGAAUAAGAUUGAGUAUAUUUUGAUUAUUGAUCCUACAAAUUAUCUUAUUAUGAAUUAUAAUUAUACCGAAAUCUAAAUCUAUCUAAAAUCUAAAAAAUAAUAUAAAGAGGUUUCUCGGGAAAUCACUCCCCGCAACUUUCGGCAUUUUUUUAUAAUUUCUUUUUCUUCUGUUGUAGGCUGUUUAGCCUUUUUCCCGCCAAAAAUAGAAAUUAUCUUCAUACCUAAAGUUUCUCAUGUGUUAAUUACCGAAACUUUUGAAUGUAUUUAAAUUUUCCCAACCAACUCAAAAAAAAAAAAAACAUUUCCCAACCGAAUUUUUAUACCCACUUGCAAGUUUUCUUUUCUUAAUUUUAAAAUGUAAAAAAUAUUGAAGGCCUUUUAGAUUUGCACAGUGUCCACACCAGUUUUCGUCAAAUUACAACGAUCCACCUCAGCAACUAAAACCUUAUCUUUCACAAAAAAAAGGGAUUUUUCAGAAAUAGCAUUGUUUAAAAAAAUUUCAAAAUUAACACCCAACUCCGAAAAUUUUCAAAAAUAGCACCAUUUUCCAAAAACCGCCACCCGUAUGAGCGGUUUUGCAAACCGCAUGAGGUCGGGGCGGUUUGCAAACAAACCGCAUGGCGGGGGUGCGGUUUGCAACCAAACCGCCACGACCCCAUGCGGUUUGCAAAACCGCUCCCUACCAGUGCGGUUUCCAUCGAAAAACGCGCCCCGGUUGCGGUUUUCGCCUAAACUGCUGGUAUGGGUGGCGGUUUUUGCGAAAGGGUGAUGUUUUUGGAAUUUUUCGGAGUUGGGUGCUAUUUUUGGAAAAAAAAUUAAACAGUGUUAUUUCUGAAAAAAUAAAAAAAAAAAAAAAAAACCCUGCUUCUUCUACCUUCUAAAAAGACCCUCAGGUUGCUUCCAAACUCUGCCUCCGAUAACCACAAUUGCGGUGGUUUUUCCUUCUCUUUCUACCCGUUACUUCAAAAUUAACUCUUCUUUCUUCCCCGACUCUGCCUCCUUUCCCGAUCGCCACACCAUCAUUCUCAUCAAACACCAUUAAGGAAUUCCAGGGUCCUCAUUCUCCCCAAUUUGAAACAAGUCCCAUCCACUUCACUCUGCGCUUUGCGAAACCUAUAACUAUAACUGUUUUCCAAUGCACCAUUUGCCACCAUGCAGAGCCCACCGGGAACUCAAUCCCAAACCGAACCGACCACCAGACUGUCUCCACUCCAUCACCUCCAUCGUCUUUCCUCCCCAAAUGCCAAUGGUGUUGCCAGCAAGUAAUUUAAUUUUUCCAGUUAAUUAUUCCUUUUUUCGUUUGUUAGCAGGCCGGGGUGCCAAUAGACAGGAUAAUUAUCAAACCCAGUGAUAUGUCAAUUGACAUUGUUAAUUAGAUUAAUACUUAAUAGGACUAAUUUUGUUUCCUGAGUUCUUUUCCGAAUUUCAAUUUACUAAGUUAAUGCCAUUGCCAUCUCUUCCAGUAUCACGCUGCCUGAGUUUUUCAAUCCCUUUAACUUCCUUUUUAUGUAUGUGCUUUUAUUUGUCUUUGUGAUUUAACUGCAACAACAUAGGUAUGGAGAUCUGUUGGUUGAUGAGUGGCUCACCCUUAAUGUUUUUUUUUUAUAAAGUGAUCACCUUUAAUUAAAUUCUAUAAAAUGAUAUUAUUUUGCUUAGAAUGUGUAAAUCGAUCAUACCGGUCAUGCUGGUAGUGUCAUUCCGGUUUCAUGACCGGCACAGGUUGAACCAGGUUCAACCAGGUGAUAUUCCACCGACAUGACAACCAGAAAUAGAGAAGACAAAUAACCCGGCCAUGGGCCGGGCUCAAAGCUAGUUGAAAUUAACGCUAGAUAAAAUCGAACACAAUGAACAAAACAUACUUUUGGUCGAAUUUUUGUCCUCAAUUUUCCUUUGAUCUUUGUUCACUCUUCUCCAAAUUCCAUCUAAUUUGAACAAAACAUAUUUUUGAUUCAGUUUUGGUCCUCAAUUUUUCUUUGACCUAUAUCCAAUCUUAUUUAUAUUCCUUAACUCACAUAUCAUUUUCCAUUACGCGAUCACCAUAACAUAAGGACUAAUCUACUAAUCUUCCAGUACCAACUUAUUGAUGAUUCCAAUACCAACAUUACGCUUCUUUCCUUUCCACCAAACCCAUUCACUUUUAUCCUUCUAUAAUUACUUCAUCACCCCGUCAAUUUCCAAGAUCAUUCACCUACCCAUAUUUUGGAUGCACUUCGCCCAAGCAAUUCUGGAGUAGAGAGCGAUGCUGUGGAAGAUGGAGGGGGGUAGAGGGAGAGGAAUACUUACAGACCGGGAGAGGGAGAAGCCACAGACAACAAUUGUUAAUUUUCGGUCGGCAUCAACUCCUAACUCGGUACAAUUUACCAAUAGCUAUUCAGUUUCGAAAGUUGAAUCAGUGACUGGAAAAAGAAGCGGCGGCGGAGGGAUUUGUUGAUUCAGCGACGACGGACUUAUACAGAGAUAUUUCAGGGAUUGAAGAAGAUUUAUUGACAGCUGGUGUUGCGGAGAAGAAACUUGACAAUCUGGGUUGUGAGUGUGAAUUGACGCUGGGAGCGGGUUGAGUAAUUCCAGGGGUGUCCUCCCUAGCAAUACAGGUUGCGCAGAAAGAGCUGAUGUGACAAAGGCUCUUUAUUGACAUCCUCUUAUAGUAUUUUGUAGAUACAAUUUACUUCCUUGUCUUUCUUUCUUUCUGAUAAUUUCUAAUUACCAUUUGCAAAUAAGAAAAAUAAUUUUUUACUGCACAAAACUGAUCGGGCCCAAAGAGAACUCCCUCCAAACGAGGCCGCAACGGGCUUUCACUUCACAGAAAAGACUUGUCAUGGACCCAACAAGAAAUAUGCUAAUUGGGCCAAAAGUCAAGCCAUCUUCACCACCGCCUUAAACUUAACCGGCCCGCGAAGAUCAUCACACGCUCUUAAUCCAGCGGCAAAGGGCUCUCCCCUCACUCGCGCUAUAUAUUCAAGAUCUUCAAGUUUAGGGUUUCCUCUCCUAUUACCAGCAGCACAGCCACACGCAGCAGCCAGUGCUUCCAGGGUUUCUUCUUCCUUCCUUUCGGAUCCUUCCUUCCUUUGCAAAGAUGGUUUUGCAGAACGACGUGGAUUUGUUGAACCCACCUGCUGAUAUUGAGAAGAGGAAGCACAAGCUUAAGCGGCUUGUCCAGUCUCCCAAUUCGUUCUUCAUGGAUGUGAAAUGCCAAGGGUGUUUCAACAUUACAACUGUUUUUAGUCACUCUCAAACUGUGGUGGUCUGCGGCAACUGUCAGUCAGUCCUGUGCCAGCCUACUGGAGGCCGUGCUAGACUCACAGAGGGAUGCUCUUUCAGGAAGAAGGGUGAUUAGUUAUGUUUUAAAAAUCUAUGAAGUAGUCUGGCGUUCUAUGCUCGCAUAUGGAAUAUUAUUAAUGUUGGAUUCGUUUCUGUAGCUGUUUUCAUGAUGUUUGAUUGAGGACGCACUGUUGUUCCAUUUUGGGGAUGUUAUUUUGCGGUUGCGACUACAAUGUAGUGAAUUUGCUCCGUGAGUUCUAUUAAUAUCUAUGAUUGAGCAUAGUGUCGGUGCGUUUCUUUCUCUGUUUCAUGUUCUUGUUGCCGCUAGUUGAAGGUAUGUCAUUGUUGAAGGAUUACUGAUAUGUAGUCAUAUCUGAUGAUGAGUUACUACCUGAUGGGUGAGUAGAAUCAGUAAUUCCAUUGCUUCUUAUUUUGUAGCGAGAAUGUGGAACCGCCUUAGUCUUUGUGUGAUUGCUAGCUUCAGUUUGGCUGAAGAUGUAUUGACCAUUUAGUUUUCGAUAGUGAAUGUGUUUCUCGCUCAUUCUGGUUUGUGGCUGAUAUAUAGGCCUAUAGUGUAGGUUUUAGUUUCUGGUAGUAUGUAUCUGCUGGAAAUCAAAUUGGUAUGGCGUGUAGUGAUUCUCUUCGCUUUACCUUUCUUAGAACUUAUCGGUGUGACUGCUGAUUAGAUGUUUAGAUAGCAGUUUCUGCUGGCUACUAGUUAGAACUAAAUGGUUAGUAGUUUACAUAUGUUGGUUAGGUUUUAUGACUGAGUCGGUGUAUUAUAUUGGAGCUCGAGGUGUCAGCUCUCAUAGGGCAUGAUCUGUUGGUUUGUAUUUUGUAACUCGGAUCCUGCCAAAGAUAUAAUUCCUUCAUGGAAUGGUCCUCGCUCUUUAGGAGGGUUGUAUUCGAGCAUUUCUUCCUUUAAACAGAGGUCACAUCUCGUAGAUUUUGUUUCUUCCCUAUUUGAGGGUAUUGUUGUACCGGAACUGAAGAUAAAAGUCCUGCCAAAUCGAUUUCAUAUCCCAUCCAUAUGGGCGGACUUAGAGAGAUGUUAUAAGCUAUAACAACAAUCGUCAAUUGCUAUUAGGUGUAUUGCUUACUUUGUUCAGGGAAAGAGCGUCAAAGGCGCGACACUAAAUUAGGGAUGGCAAUUUUGCCCGGUUUUUAACUAUCCAACUCAAUUGGGUUAGGUAUAAAAUUCAAAUAGAUGAAUAUGAGUAGAGUUUGAUGGGUCAUACCCAUUUACUUUGGGUUGAGUUGGGUUUAUAACAAAUGGAUUUGGGUUUGUACCCAUGCCCAAAUACAAAUUACAGUUUUGUACCUAAAUUUAAUAGAUAUGUAUAUUUAGUACCUAAAUUUAAUUUUUUUGUAUAUAAGUCCUCAAUAUAUUGAUGAAAAGUUACAUUUUGGUACAUAAACUUUUUUGGUCAUACAUUUUGGUACCUAAAAUUUUCAAGUUUUACAAAUAGGUCUAAUUUUUGCAUGUGUAGUUAAAACACCCUCAAAUAAAUGGAAUUGAUAGAAUGCCCCCAAACUCUAAAUCAUACUGUAAUUGCCCUCAUUCCUAAGAAAGAAGUCUCAUAAUAGUCCUGCUAAUUUUAAACCUAUAAGCCUAUGUGAGGAGUUAAAGAUUUACUGAUUUUUAGAGAUAGUCUCGACUAUAUAAUUUUGCCCCUUAUCUCAUUUGUAGCGUUCUAUGUAUUUGGGAUGCCCGUAGUUUGUUUUUGUGAGUCAAGGAAAAAACAUGUUUAAUGAUGGCCAAAAUGGAUAUUGCAAAAGCAUAUGAUUAAUCUCAAAAGCAGAGGAGGAGGGGAAGAUACGUGGGAUACAAGUAAGAAAAGAAGCACUAGUGAUUUUUCAUUUGCUGUUUGCGAAUGACAACAUCCUUUUCACUAAAGCAGCUACAUGUACAAAAAUGUCAACAACUGGGAAGUCUUAUAUGCCUCUAUGAGGCAGAGAUAGGUCAACAUGUGAAUUUAGUGAAUUUGGAGUUGUCGUUAGUCCUAAUAUUGAUCAGCAAACAAGGACUGAGCUUUGCUUCUAUCCUAGGGAUGAAAGGAGUGAAAUUUCACGAGAGAUACCUAGGCUGCCUACAAAAAUUGGAAGGGGAAAGAAGGCAGAGUUCGAGUUUAUAGUGGAGAGAGUGAGAAAAAAGUGAAGCAUUGGGAAAGCAAAACCUUGUCUGCAGGAGGUAAGGAGGUCCUCAUUAAAUAUGUGGCUUAACCGCAAAUGACAUUUGCAAUGUGCCAAUGUUCUUAAUCCCUGUUGGGGGUACCACAAGAAGUGAAAAGAUUAUUCUCCAAUUUCUGGUGGGGGCCAGCAAAAGGAAUAACAUCGAACCCACUGGCUUAGGUCGGAGGAGAUCAGUAUAACAAAAAAUUAAGAAGGGUUGAUAUUUAGAAAUUUGCAUAGCUUCAACAUCAGCGUACUGGGAAAGAAGCUAUGGUGGCUCUUAACAAGGUCGGAUUUGUUGGCCGCUAGAGUAAUGAAUACUAUCCUCAAAGAGAGAACUUGGAGGUAGAAAUAUGAUACAAUCAUGGCUUUACAAGGAGAUGACUCAUGGAUGCGAGAGAACUUGCCAAACAAGGACUAUGGUGGAGAAUAGGUAAUGGUCAUGGUGUGGACGUAUGUCAAGAUCGAUGGUUGCCUUAUGAUGAAGGAUACAAGAUUAAAUCACUAGUGUCUCUAAUUGGGAAAACUACUUCAGUUUCAGAACUUAUUGACCAAGAACAACAUUGCGACAUGAUAGAUUACGAACAUAUUUCCUAUCGGUGUAGGGGAGACAAAUGAUGAAUACAUUAUUAAGACAACUUAUAGAAUUUGGAAGGAAAGGAAUGUGGCUGGAACUGGAGAGAUCCAUUCUCCACUUGACUGGAACCGGAUGUGAAAGUUACAAAUUCCAGCCAAGGUCAUGAUAUUUGCGUGGAAGUGGAUUAGAAACAUUUUGCCUACAGGAGCUCGAAGUUUGGAAAGAAUACAGAAAGGAAGUGAAGGGUGACCAUUUUGUGACAAACAAGAAACACAGGAGCACAUAUUCAGGGAUUGUGGUUGGGCACAACCAGCAUGGAGACCUAGCCCUCUAAAUUCGAUGUUCACUAGGGGAGAGAACCUUACCUAUGAGGAAUUAAUGGUUCUACAAAUUGUAAGAGAAGGAGGACGAUGAACAAAUUGGGCAAUUCCUAGUCUCCAUGUGAUUCAUCUGGGAUCAACGAAAUAGUCAAUUUUGAAACAAAAGGAAACUGGAGGAAGAAGAGAUAAUUGGUAGAGCAAGUGCAUGGCUAGAAGUAGGGAUGACAACUUUGCCCAUACCCAUGGGUUUCUUACUAUCCAAUCCAAUUGGGUUGGGUAUGAAAUUCAAAUAGAUGGAUAUGGGUAAAGUUUGAUGGGUUUGUACUCAUACCCAUUUACUUUGGGUUGAGUUGGGUUUAUAUCAAAUGGAUUUGGGUUUGUACCCAUGCCCAAAUACAAAUUACAGUUUGGUACCCAAACUUAAUAAACAUGCAUAUUUAGUACCUAAAUUUAAUUUUUUUUGCAUAUAAGUCCUCAAAAUAUCGAUGGAAAAUUACGUUUUGGUACCUAAAUUUUUUUGGUCUUACAUUUUGGUACCUAAACUUUUCAAGUUUUGCAAAUAGGUCCAAUUUUUGCAUGUGUAGUUAAAACACCCUCAAGUAAAUGGAUAUCCAUAUCCAACCCAUACCCAUUUAGAUUAUGAAAGCCCCAAACCCAAACCCAUCUAUAAACCCCCAAAUCUAUAUGCACUUCACCCAUACCCAACCCAUUAUCAAUGGGUCUACUUGGGUUUGGGUAUAAUUACCCAUAGUUGGGUAAUUUGCCAUUCCUAGCUAGAAGAAUAGCUGGAGUUGCAGAAAGGAAUAGUGGAUCAACUGCCCAAAUUUCAGUCUCCCUGGGAAACCUAGUUGCUGACGAAUUUCACCAUUAAUGUAGACGUGUCUUGUCUGGAGGGUAGGGAACAUUGAUUUGUGGUGGUGGUUCUAGAUAAAGAAGGCAAAUUGAAGAUGGCGGUCGUUCGAAGAUUGCAUAGGCAGUGAGAAUCAGCAAUGGCGGAGGCCAAGGUAGUGGAACUUGGGAGGGAAAUGGGUGUAAUUUUCACCUUGAAUCGACAGAGAUUCAGACAUACAACUAGGUGGUGGAAUAUCUCCUAAGAGCCCAGACCAGAUCGUGUUUGAAUUGGGCCAAAUAUGCAAAGCUAUUAGAGAAACAACCCGACUCAUUGCAUGGCCCAUAUGCAAAGCUAUAAUUGAAUGGGUAGAUGACUUGGAGAUACGUGGACCAAAAAUUUAAUCAACUGGCUCAUUGCAUGGCCCAUACAAAGUGUGAUUGGGAAGUAGAUGAUGUUUGGGUGGAUAGGCCCCUAACUUUUUUGGUCUCUCUAUUAUGAAAGGAAGAUUUCAUGUUACAUUCACUAAAUUAAUGAAAUGAAACAGAGGUAUUAUUAAAAAAAAGUAAUAUUAUGCACCACACUAACUAUAAACCCAAAAGCAAAAAGACUUAGAUUUCAGCAGCCUGCUUGCCCUUUCCAAUUGGUGCACCAAAUUAUCUUCGAAAAAGCAAAGCCUUCCAAACAAACGCAGCUUCUGGAGUCCAAAUAGUAUCCAUAUAUAGUGAAGCUUCAUAAAAGAAUCGUAAGGAAAGCAACUCCAGCCAAGUAAGAUAAUGUUACAUAAUAAAUUCUCUAGGGUCAAUUAUGUAUAACGAGUGGUGUUUCCAUAAAUUUUACAUAGGGGUUUAAAUUAAAUUAAAAAUUAAAAUUAAAAAAAUAUUCAACUAGUACAAGUUACAACAAAAGCUCACGACAUAUUUCAUAUACUAAAAAAAUGGUAAAAUACAUUUGGUGUCUGCACUGUUCAUCAAACCUCUCUUGUUAUAUACUAUUGUACAAAGAUAUCUCAUAAUUGAGUUAAGUCAUUAGGCUUUGAAGGAGAUAAAGAAUAUCAUUUUACUAUUAUAUUUGAAUUUAAAACACAACAACAGAUCACAUAAACUGCCACUUAAAUAUUAUUUUUACCCACAUGCAAACUAUUAUCGGAAGUUGCUUAAUCGUUUUUCCAAAUUCUACUAUACUAUAUUAAGGAGAUCCAGGAGUACACAUAAGCACAGCGUAUUUCUAUUUCAUUUGGCAGAGGAAAAGCAGACGAUGACCUCUUCCUCACGCUAGUUUGCUUGGAAUUAAGGAGGAAUUAUGAUUAUACAUAUAUAAACCGAAAAGAAAAUUAAGUUGCCAAAAAUCGAUAUACGUAAUUGAGUGGCCUCAUGCGCGCUGGGAGCAACUACGCCACCAUCGGACUGCCCAAUGCAUGAAGCUGGCUGGUCACAAUGAUAAAGAUAACUAGUGGUAUAUAUCUGUACCUGUGGAUCUGAUAUCGUAUUUAUUCAAAUAAUUCCCUUCUUUUUUAGCAGCUGGGACAGGGAUUGCCUUUCUUUAGUACUCAUCAUCACCACUUGAUUUAAAUUUAAUCAUAUUAACAUGAUGGGGGCAGUGAUUGAGUCUUCCUGGCCCUGGCCCUCCACCGGCCUGGCAUGAGGUUUAAUUAGGGAUAAUGAAAAGGAAGCAGCGGAAUAAGAAGUGCGGUGAAUGCUAUUGCAUGCUACAUAUAUAUGAUUUCUUUCUCUCAAGAUUUCAUUAUAUAUGAAAAAUCCGAGCGCCCAUUUGUAUUUGGACCAAGACCAACUUAAUUAAUCAAAUCAUCAAUAAGAGAAGCUCUUAUUACUAUUAAUGAUUAGUUUUCAUAACGUGUUCUCCUUUUGUAUGAUAUAGUAAUGUGUCGUUUAUUUCUCUUCUUCUACAAUUUUAAUGGUGUAUAUACAAUGUAUGCCAUCAAAAUCAAUCAGUCAUGGCAUCACAUGUUUACCAUAAGCUGCUUUGGACUGCAUGAGAUUGGACCAAUGGAUAUAAGGAACCUUCACAAAUUACCAUACAUAUUAUGGAUAUAAUAUAUUUGUGGACUAGAUUCAUGCCAGAGAGAGAGAAGAAGAGGGGAUGAAACUUCAAUAGUAUGCAUUGUGAGAAUAAUACUAAUGAUUAAAAGGUAUCUAAUAGA